UGCCAUGCCGAGGAAACAUUUAUAUAGGAAAGUCGUAAAAAUUAUUUUUUAAGUCAGCAGCUGAAACUUGCAGGCUUCAUUUGCGCUUUAUUCUCAUCAAAGCGUUGAAUUUUUCCAAUGUCUUUUCAUAUACUUAGACCAUUCCACACAUAAGAAUUGGUAUGUUUCGACAAAGCUGACUCCCCUUUUUUUGGUCUUUUUUUACCUCACCUGUUAGGCGUGAGGAUCUCAUCAUUGCCAUUGCUGGAGGAAGAGGAUUUUUAGGAGUAACGUGGAAUUUCUAAUUCCUUUUUUUCGGAUAUUUUAGUGUUAAUAAGUUUACUAAAUCAGGGAUUACAAAUACGGGGAUUAAUUUGUUUUUUUCAUAGAAACUUCGGUGACACGAAAUAUUAACGUGUACACCAUCGCCAUUUCACAAUGGAUAUCUCCUUCACUAAAACGACAGAAGAAGUGUGUGCAUACUUUGGAGUCGAUGAAAACACAGGAUUAACAGAUGAACAAGUUAGGAAAAAUACAGAAAAAUAUGGACCAAACGAGCUCCCAGCAGAAGAAGGCAAACCUUUAUGGGAGCUUAUAUUGGAACAGUUUGAUGAUCUUCUAGUUAAAAUUUUACUACUUGCUGCUAUUAUUUCUUUUGUAUUAGCUUGGUUUGAAGAAAGUGAUGAACAAGUAACAGCUUUUGUGGAACCUUUUGUCAUUUUAACUAUUUUAAUAUUAAAUGCAGUAGUAGGAGUCUGGCAGGAACGCAAUGCUGAGAGUGCUAUUGAAGCAUUAAAAGAGUAUGAACCUGAGAUUGCUAAGGUUGUUCGUAGCAGUGUUAAAAGUGUACAGAAGAUCCGUGCCAGCAAGUUAGUUCCAGGAGACAUUGUUGAAGUCUCAGUUGGUGACAAAGUUCCUGCAGAUAUUCGUAUUCUUAAAAUCCAUUCCACGACCCUAAGGGUUGACCAGGCCAUUCUUACUGGUGAGAGUGUCAGUGUCCUGAAGCAUACUGACCCCAUCCCCGACACCCGUGCUGUCAACCAAGACAAAAAGAACAUCCUUUUCUCUGGAACUAACAUUGCCACAGGAAAAUGCAGAGGUAUCGUCAUUGGAACUGGGCUGGCCACAGAGAUCGGCAAGAUUCGCAACGAAAUGAUGGACACAGAAACAGAAAAGACUCCCCUCCAGCAAAAACUUGAUGAAUUUAGCAACCAGCUCUCCAAGGUCAUCACUAUUAUUUGCGUGGCUGUCUGGGCAAUCAACAUUGGUCACUUCAAUGACCCAGCUCAUGGUGGAUCAUGGCUCAAAGGUGCUAUCUACUAUUUCAAAAUUGCUGUGGCUCUGGCUGUGGCUGCUAUCCCUGAAGGUCUACCAGCUGUCAUCACAACUUGUCUGGCUUUAGGUACCCGCAGGAUGGCCAAGAAGAAUGCCAUUGUCAGAUCCCUUCCUUCAGUAGAGACCCUUGGCUGCACCUCUGUUAUCUGCUCAGAUAAGACUGGAACCUUGACCACAAACCAGAUGUCUGUCUGCAAGAUGUUCAUCUUCAGUCAGGUAGAGGCCAAUACCAUUAAGACCCAACAGUUUGAUAUAACUGGAUCUACCUAUGCCCCAGAAGGAGAACUCUUGUUAAACAACAAACCAGUCAAAUCCAGUGAAUACCCCGGCCUUGAAGAGAUGGUCACCAUUUGCAGCAUGUGCAAUGACUCCACUGUUGACUACAAUGAUACUAAAGACACUUAUGAGAAAGUUGGUGAAGCCACAGAAACUGCUUUGUCUGUCUUGGUUGAGAAACUCAACUUUUACAACACAGACAAGGCUGGCCUGACCAAGCGUGAGAUCGGCACAGUGUGCAACCGUGUCAUUCAAGAUAUGUGGAAGAAAGAGUUCACACUGGAAUUCUCUCGUGACAGAAAGUCCAUGUCUGUGUACUGUGUACCAAACAAGCCCACUAGAACUCCAGGAGGCGCUCGUAUGUUUGCUAAGGGAGCACCAGAAGGCCUGCUUGACCGCUGUACCCACGUCAGAGUUGGUCAAAACAAAGUCCCCAUGUCUCCAGCAAUCAAAAAUGAAAUCAUGAAACUGACCAAGCUCUAUGGAACAGGUCGUGACACACUCAGAUGUUUGGCUCUUGCCACUAUUGACAACCCACCACGUAGAGAAGAUAUGGACCUUGAAGAUGCUCGCAAAUUUAUCCAGUAUGAGACAAACAUGACAUUCGUUGGUGUUGUUGGUAUGCUGGAUCCACCCCGUGAGGAAGUAAAGCAUUCAAUCAAAGCUUGUCGUGAUGCUGGCAUCAGAGUUAUUGUCAUCACUGGUGACAACAAGGCCACUGCUGAAGCCAUCUGCCGCAGAAUUGGCGUCUUUGGUGAGAAUGAAUCCACUGAGGGCAUGUCCUUCACUGGUCGUGAGUUUGAUGAUUUGAGUGUUGAGGAUCAGAGAGCUGCAGUUAUGCGUGCUCGUCUGUUUGCCCGAGUAGAGCCAGCACACAAGAGUAAGAUUGUAGAGUUCCUCCAGGCUGAGGGUGAAAUCUCUGCUAUGACUGGUGACGGUGUCAAUGACGCUCCAGCUCUGAAGAAAGCUGAAAUUGGUAUUGCUAUGGGCUCUGGUACAGCUGUUGCCAAGAGUGCUGCUGAGAUGGUGUUGGCUGAUGAUAACUUUGCAACUAUUGUGUCUGCUGUAGAGGAAGGCCGUGCUAUCUACAACAACAUGAAACAGUUCAUUAGAUAUUUAAUAUCCUCCAACAUUGGUGAAGUGGUCUGUAUUUUCUUAACUGCUGCUUUGGGUAUUCCUGAGGCUCUCAUCCCUGUGCAACUUCUGUGGGUCAACCUUGUCACUGAUGGUAUGCCAGCUACAGCCUUGGGUUUCAACCCCCCUGACUUGGACAUCAUGAAGAAGCCACCCCGUAACCCCAAAGAAGGCCUUAUCACUGGAUGGUUGUUUUUCAGAUACAUGGCCAUUGGCAUUUAUGUAGGUGCUGCUACAGUGGGUGCUGCUGCCUGGUGGUUUAUGCUCUAUGAUAAAGGCCCAAAACUCAACUACUACCAGCUGACCCAUCAUAUGCAGUGUCCUGCUGAGCCUAGGAUGUUCAAGGGAGUUGACUGUGCUAUUUUUCAGGCUCCAGAGCCUAUGACAAUGGCUUUGUCUGUUUUAGUAACCAUUGAGAUGCUCAAUGCCUUGAACAGCUUGAGUGAAAAUCAAUCCCUACUGUUGAUGCCACCCUGGACAAACAAAUGGUUGCUCGGUGCCAUCUGUCUUUCCAUGUGCCUGCAUUUCUUCAUUCUCUAUGUGGAUGUCAUGUCUGUGAUCUUUCAAAUUACUCCACUCAACCUGGAAGAGUGGGUUGCUGUGAUGAAGAUAUCCAUCCCUGUCAUCCUCCUCGAUGAGACUCUCAAGUUUGUAGCUCGCAAAUUUGCUGACGUUAAAUCUUAGCUUGCAGCAUCAAGUUUUGUGAAGAUUACCCAGGAUUCUUUUGAGGAAGGAAACAGCAGGAAGUGAACACAAGUGGUCUCAAGAUUUUCAAAACAAUUUUUUUUAAUUCUAUGAUCAGACUUUGUAGUGAAAAACAAAAAUUAUUUUGGACAAAAAAAAACAAAAGCUGAUAAAAAUUUUAUAAGAUAAUAGAAGGUAACAUUGAAAUUAGAAACUUAGUCAAGAAAGUUAGAUUUGCUGGACUAUGCUUCGACACUGUGAAACAUGGUCAGCUUGUUGUAUGGGGUUACCCAGCCCUCUUACAGUGUCCUUCACCCAUCCCUUCUUGAUCCCACCCUAAAAAUAAGGUCCUUGCUGUUGCUGCUGCGGGCGCUGCUGCAAGUGCUGCUGCAAUGCCGUGUGUGCGCUGAAGUUGAGAGAGAAAAUAGUGCAGAAAGAAGGCAGUGGUCUGGCUCCACCACCAAUCCCCCCUCCUCAUGAUCAGGUUCUGUGCUGUAUUUACUUCUCUCCCAGCAGAAUCAAGGCUUUUUUUUUAUUAUUUAACAUUUUUUAUUUUAGAGUAGAGAAAAGUGCAUAGCAAUCAACCAUUGUGGGUUUUGUUUUUUUAUAUCAAUGUGUGUGUGUAUGUGUGUGUAAUGUAGUUUUAAAAUGAGCUGUUUGGGUUACAUGCAGUGAAUACGAGGAAAUAUGCCAGGGAUUGCCUACCAAAUAUAUUUCAUGAAUGUUAAUAAAGCGCUAAAGUAACUAAGAUUAAGUGUUUUUUUUUCUUAUUAUUCUUCUGACAAAGAAUUCAUAUUACUACCAAGUAGUCUUUUAGAAUAGUUAAAGGUUUAAGAAUGUUCCAUUUGUUGAGGUAACUUUUAAGAUAUACAUUUGCACAGAUGGAUACUUCAAUACAUAAUGAUAUUUUUGCCCAGUUGAGUUUAUUCAAAACUUUUGUUAGUUUGCUAGAUAAAAUAAAAUAUUUCCCCAAAAAAAAAUUAUAUUGUUCUAAAAAGCUGUUCCUCUGAUAAAAACAAAGAAUAAAACUUUAUUCUAUGAAGACUGCUAAAAAUAAUCAAAAUUCAUACCAAAAUGCAUAAUGUUUUUUUUUUGUUGGUACAGUACUUUGCAUAUGUUAUGGCUGGUUUCAACAAAAGCAGUAGCUAUGCUUCAUAUGCUUAAAAAUGUGAUUUGAACCGAGAAAGUAUUUUGCCCAUUUAAAAAAAAAAAGUUUUACAAUGCUUCAGCAUGUCUCGUAGAAAUUGUAUUUGAUGUAUUCACAAUUUUUUAUGCCAAACAUUUGCACUUUUUCUUUCCUCGCGUUUUUCCAGUGCCGGUUUUAAAGGAUGAAACUUACAGAAGGUACAACUAAAACAGACUAUUGUCUUCUUUACAUGUAGCCCUCAUGGACAAGUCCUGGUUCUAGUUGUUAUAAGUGUCAGUGAGCAGAGGAGAAAAAUUGUUGGCAAUUUUUUUUUUAUAUCAGGGUCAGUGUUAAAAGUUUUUUGAACUCCCACAUAUACAAAGUGAAUGCUGUGUAUAUUGAUAAUUUUUUUUGACAUAUAGAUCUACUUUUACUUUGACCUUUUUAUCUUUUUUUUAAAUUGAUGUCAAGACUAAAUUAAAAUUUACUUAAUGAAAGAGAAAUUUCUUAGACAUCACAGGAAAUUCACUGAAAACUAUCUGCUAUUUGAUUCUAUUACCAGCAGUGCCAUUAAUAACAAUGAUUAAACGAAGGAAUGAAACAUUGUGAGUUAAAUGCUGAAUGUGAAAUUAGCCUGUUACAUGAUCACAAAGAACGUAUUGCCAUGAUGAAAGUUGACUAUCUGUAUUUUUUUUUUUUUUGGCCUGUGUGUGAUACAAUACAUUGGAAUAUUCUUCGAUCUUAGCGUCCAUCAUCAUACAUUACAUUGUCAGCUGACAUCAACUUGAGCCCCUCAGUCAUGUUCAUGUUUGCAAAAUUUGAUGUAGAAAAUAUUUCUUUUUUACAUUUCUUAAAAGUUUUUUUUUAUCUAUUUCAAUUAAAAAUGUUCUUUUAAAAGACGUUUUUUUUUCUUCGUUUAAUUAUCACUUUAAAUUUUAAAAAAAUGCAAAAUCAAGAAAAUGUGUGUGCGUUUUUUGUUGUUGUUUUUAACAUGUUGACUGGCAUUAGUUUUGAAACUUUGAUAAUUUUGAUAGAAUUGAAUGUAUUUUGGCAGCAGCAAAGAUCUGCUAUGUAGAUGCUUUCACUUGAGUAAGCCCCAUGUCUACUGGUUGAUGUAACUAGUCAAAGAUAACGCUGUGAGAUAGAGUUGUUCACCUGUUCACACUUAACUUAGCAGUGUAUUGGUUUAUUUCUUUGCACCCUUACACCUCCAUUCAACUGGCUGGUUAUGGACAUAUUUAAAGAAGGUACACACAAAAAUCUACCACCUUAAUUUAUCAAAUAGUAAUAAGGUAUAAAGUCUGCUGCUUUGCAUGUCAUUUCCUGACAUGAAUCUCUGGGGGCUUUAUGCCCCAUACUAAAAAAUUAUUUUGAAAAAAAAAAAACACAGUGGAAUAUCAGUAAUGAUGGUCAGUUGUCAAGUGGCUCAGAGUAUCCACUGUGGUUAGACCCGAAUGUAAAGACAAUGGUUUUGUCUAAACUCAGUAUUUUUUUGUUUGUGAUAGCUGUUUCGAUGGAUAUCUCUUGUAAGUUAUUUCUUUUGUCCUGUGGCUAUUCAAUAUGCCUGUUGUUGCAAUGUUAUCCACUGGAUAAGAGAUAACACUAGCAUACCAUGAUUUGGAAUCAAUCCAUCCAAUCAAAUUUUUAAGAUUUCAGAUCCAACUUGUAAAUAGCAAAUUUCUUUUAUUCAACCAUCCUUGUUUCAUUUCUUAGAAAGCACCUACUUUGAUCAGACAUUUUUGUGGUGAGCUUAAAGUUCUUUGGCUUUGAAAUGAUUGAUUAAUAAUUCUUUUUUUUUUUAAAUAGAACAUUUGUUUGUCAAUGUAACACAGAGGAUAUGAAGAACUUUUGUCCUUGGCAUUAGAGUUGAAUUGACAGCGGGUACCACCUGAGAUGUCGGUACUGUUGAUAUACACAAAAUGUUUGCAUUGUUUAUGAAUUCAAGCCAUCGGUGAAAAAUUGUGAAAAGUUUUAUUUGAAUCCAUGCGCAGAUCUGAUAUCAGGAUGAGUUCUUAAUUUAUUGAGACAUAUUUAUUCAAUCUUUAUGUGCACUUGAAAGCUGUGUAUGUGUGAGUCACAGAGUUGAGGUAAAAGUUGCCAUGAACAAGUAACAUCUCAACUGAGAAACUGAGAACUUUUUUGUCUUUUUUGACUGGUGAGGUGGACAUGCUCCCUCCCCCCCACAGUAACAUGUAGUAGUCGUUUUUUCUGUGUGUGUUUCUUACUGAAUGCCAUCGUCAAAAGUAGUUAGGUGAAUCAACUUUUUUUUGUUCUCUCUUUAGCUGUUAUUUAUGACAUGAAUUUUAAAUUUUAAAAUUUUUUUUUUAAAUCUUUGUUCAGACCUUCCCUUUCUUCCCUCCACCUUUUUGGUGAUUCAUGUAGAUUUUGAUCUAUCACAAUUGUACCCACAUAUGUGUGGUCAUAUAUUAUAUUAUUUAAAUAAAAAUAACAAAAUCUUA